GCCGCCGAUCCUCCGCCCCCUCCUCGUCCUCCUCUUCGCGGCGGUGGCGGCUGCUUUCUCGGCCCCGGCUCUUCCCCGCGGCUUCUCCUCGCUCCUCUCCGGGAGGCUCCAGCGCCGCGCUGGCGAGGACGGCACUGCCGCAAGGAGCCUCUGGGAGUUCCAGGGUGAAGAGACCUGCUUCUGUCUAGAGACCUCUGCUGAAGGUGAAGACUUCCUAACAGGCCAGGCAGCCUUAGCAGGAGCUCAGAAAUCUUAAAUCAAGGAUCCCCUGGAACCUCCCAUUUCCCCAUUCAGAGGGUGGAGAGGAGUUUGGCAUUGUGCUUUUCCAGAUCGCUGCCGGCAGCAGCGGAGCACAAAGGGAUCGGCCAGGCUCCCGCAUCGCUCAGCGAGAAGAAAGGAGUCAGCGGAGCAGACUAACAGGGGCUUGUGUCGGGUGGCCUUGCCCUACAAAGGCUGCCUUUAAAAGAGAAAGGCAGUGCUAUUUAAUGAGCUGUGAGAUGAGGCGCUGCUGCUAACGCUCAGAUCCCAGGAUUCAUCGGCUAUUCAUUGUGCUUAAUGUACAUGUUUCUGCACCGUGCAUUUGGGAGAUCCCAGAGAAGAAUCCAAAACGGCUGCGGGGGAAAGACCACCAAACAUGCCUACAGAAACACUACCGACAGGUAGCAUGGUGAAGCCGGUCAGCCCUGCCGUCACUUUCACCUCCGCCGUUCCUCUCCGCAUCCUGAACAAAGGACCCGACUAUUUUCGCAGGCAGGCGGAGCCUAACCCCAAAAGACUGAGCGCGGUGGAGAGGCUGGAAGCCGACAAGGCGAAGUACGUCAAGAGCCAGGAGGUCAUCAAUGCCAAGCAGGAGCCGGUGAAGCCGGCGGUGCUGGCCAAGCCGCCGGUCUGCCCCGCCGCCAAGCGAGCGCUGGGCAGCCCAACCUUGAAGGUCUUCAGCAACAAUGCCAAGACCGAGAGCGGCGUGCAGAGAGAAAACCUGAAACUCGAGAUUCUGAAGAACAUCAUCAACAGCUCCGAAGGCUCCAGCUCGGGGUCGGGGCACAAGCACGGGCCCCGGAACUGGCCGCCCCACAGAGCCGACUCGACGGAGCUGAACCGGCACUCCUUCGCCGAGUCGCUGAAGGUUUACCCCACACAGGGCCGCAGCAGCCCGCAGGAGAGCAGCUCCAACGUCAGCAGAAGGCUCCUAGAUCAGUCGGCAGAGACUUUCUUGCACGUCUCUCACAGCUCCUCAGACAUUAGGAAAGUAACUAGCGCAAAGCCCUUAAAAGCAAUACCCUGCAGCAGUUCAGCCCCACCUCUGCCUCCAAAGCCCAAAAUCGCUGCCAUCGCCACCCUGAAGUCCCCAGAGAUUGAGGCAGUGGAGUCUGGAUGUGGAGUUAGCAGGAGGCCCUCCCUACAGCGCUCAAAAUCAGACUUAAGCGACAGAUACUUCCGCGUUGACGCCGACGUGGAACGGUUCUUUAACUACUGCGGACUGGAUCCCGAAGAGCUUGAGAACCUCGGGAUGGAGAACUUUGCAAGGGCUAACUCUGAUAUCAUAUCCCUCAACUUUCGCAGCGCAAGCAUGAUUAGCUCAGACUGUGAACAGUCUCAGGACAGCAACAGUGACCUUAGGAACGAUGACAGUGCCAAUGACCGCGUGCCAUACGGCAUCUCCGCCAUCGAGAGGAAUGCCAGGAUCAUCAAGUGGUUGUAUAGCAUCAAGCAAGCUAGAGAGUCACAGAAAGUGUCCCACGUGUGAGAAGGAAGCGAACCCACCGUGGAGGGAAGGCAAAAGCAAAAAGCAAAGCAAAGCGAGGACUGUAUCUUUGUCUGUGAAUAUUCAGUUGUGAAGGGUUGUGAAGUCUACUUGAAGUCUUGUACACUUCUCAAAUCUCUUUGUGUUGCUUGUUGUGCAAUGUUCCCAAGUUGCAUGCCUGUCAACAUGUGAGCUGACCUGGCUUCCACUUGAACAAUAACUAACUACAAAAGCCUGGCUGAGCGUACCCAUGAUCUGCCAAAAGUUUAAGACGAGAAUCUAAUUAGGGCUUCAGUGUAAUCAAAGUUGUUUACAUGGCAAAGGUUAUUUGACUUCUUUGGUAUUUAUGUGGUUCCUUGUGGAUUUUAUAAAUGUCACUUUUUGUCUUAAUACCGAUACUGUCAACUGGCAUUACUAGUUUCUGAGCUGAAACAGAAUCCCCCUGAGGGGUGGCAAAGGAAUACUGGCCAAAACAAGAGGUGUAGGCAUCUGAUGAUAGGCAAAGCAGCCUUAGCUCUUCUAGAAAGUGCUUUAUUGGACAUGGAAAGCGUUUCCAAAAGGCAAAGAAUGCUACGUCCUGCAAUCGUGUAUCGCUGUCAACUCGCUCUCCCUGCUCCUAGUAAGGGACUGUUCAGUAAAAGGUUUCUUCUUCUCUAGGUAAGCUCCCUCAGGUUACCAGCAGAAACAGUCUAGUGACUCUGCUUGACCCCCCCCCAACAAAACAAGUCUUGUCUUUGGGUUGGUGUAAGCAUUUUAAUGAUUCUGUGUUCUUCCCCCCCGCUGGAAAGAGCUCAGUGAGGUUUGGAGUCAGCGGCACAGGAUUCUGUGGGUUUGGUUUGUGACUCAAAGGUUCCUGGUCUUAAACUUUUGACAGGAAUGAUUCAAUCCUAUAGCUGAUACUGAAUGCCUUUAUUAAUCCAACACAUCAUGAUGACGAAUUCCAUGCUGUCUUUUGCAUUUCUUUUGGGGUUUAUUUUUUGUGUAGACCUAUUUGAACAGUUAAGGAACAGAACUGGAAGCACACAGCCAUAUCGACGGAACGCCUCCUCUCCAGCAGUAAAUACACUCAGUAGCUGAGCUAGAUCUGAGAAAUUGUGAUUAUGUUGUCUUGCAUAUGUUAUACCCAAGGCUGUGAAAGUUUGUUCCAGCUCUAGGAAAGUGUAGAAACAUGACAGUGUGUAGCUUUCCCCCCCACCUUUUCUUUGUUUUGUUGCGAUUGUUGUUUAUUUCUUUCCUCCUCCUUAUAGGAUGGUUAGUGCUGCAGCUCGACCUCUCACAGCUCUUUGGACAAUCUGUGUCUUCCCAGUGGCUCCAUGAGCUGUCAUUGCAGCUGACAGUGGUGGUGUGCUAGGGGAGAAGUCGAAAGAACAGCUUCAUUCUUACUGUGUCCAUGCUUCGAAGUAAAUUGCAGCACUGCCUUCUACUUCAUCAGCUGAUA